UAGGGGACAACAGAUGGAAGCUUGAGGAUUUCAAGAGCAUAACGAUCAAAUAAAACAGGGACGUUUCGCUGUAUUUCAUCGAACUGAAAACAGAAGAACAAAAACACGAAAGCUCUAGCAAUGACCAUAGAGUAAGGACAAGUUUUUUGAUAGUCUUCAGAACUGCAGCUCUGGGGUUUUCAAUUUACCAUUCGAAACUUGGUCGGAGAGCGACAGCAGACUGGGAGGCUGGGGAAGAUGAGCCACCUGCUGGGCCGGCAGGACUGCGUGGACAGCCUGCGGAGGGACCUGACUGACCUCCAGGGCACGGUCCUGGAUGUGUUCUCCCGCACCGGCCCGAUCCGCAGUCCCUCCUGGAAGUUCCCCGACAAGCUGUCCUGUAACCUAGACCUGGUGACCCUCCUGGAGCAGUAUGACUUUGUGGAGGGUGAGGAGGAGUUCAACCAGCACUCCCAUAUCGUGCUGCUGGAGCUGGUUGUGGACAGGCUGGUGCUGCUGCUGCAGAGUUUCAGUGGCUUCACCGAGGGCAUGCUGGGAGGACAGAGGAGCGGUUCCCAGACUGGGGCAGCUGGGCCCUCCACGUCCAUUGGACUGGCAGUCAGAUGCUGCUGGAACAACCUUCUCAGACUAGGGACCCUUCAUCAAUGCACACUCCGACAGGGGAAAAAAAUGGAGCAAGGAGCACUCACCUUGCAGGCUGAGGAGCAGGUCCCUUCCAGAGAGAAUGCAAACAGUUCAGCACCUACCUUAAAGAGUGCUGAGAACAGUAACUUGAGUUGCCCACUAAGCUCUACAUCCGGCAAGAGCUCUGGUAAGGACAGUACAACAUGCUCCAAGUCCGGUAUUGCCAAAGACACCCGCACUGUAGGUUGCCAGACCCUGGAAUCUGCCCUGGUGCCCUGUGAUGCCUGUUCCCGCUCACAGGCCAGCUUGAGGGAGGUGAGUAAUGCCCUCAUUGCUGUGUGCCAAACCCAGAAUCUGCCCUCUUCACUGGCCCGCUUCAUGGAGGUGAUGGAUAGCUCCCUGGAAAAUGGACAGCUGUCAGCCUCUGACCUGGCAUACUGGGCGUCAGAGCAGAGCAAAGACCUGGCUCGGAUCAGCAAGCACCUGGCGGCGCUGCUGGGAAUGGUGCAGCCCCUGAAGGAGAGCCUGGCUGCUUCAGAGGCCCAGAGGGGCGUCCUGAGGGACCAGCUGGAGAGGAUGGAGAGGGUCCUGUCGCUGGAAAAGGAGGAACACCAGACUAGACUGCGGGAGAUGGAUCUCCGGCUGGAGAAAAUGAACACCAAAAACACAGAGGUUGUGAGCAAACUACAGGGGGAGCAGGAGGAGCUGAGGAAAGAAACGUUGUCUUUGGAGGAAAAAAACUCAAAACUGAGGGAAGAACUAAGUUUACAGCAGGACAGCUUACAAAAACUAGAGCAGGAGAGACAGGAGCUCCUAGAGGAGAUAAAGACAAGGCUGGUGGAUCGAGAGGUCACUCUAGGACUGGAAGAGAGGGUUCGAAGCCUGGACACAGAGCUCUGCAGUACGGAACUCCAGCUGUACAAGGAGAGAGUCAAGACCCAGAGCUUGGGCCGGCUGCAGGAGUCCUUGCAGGCCAAGCAGAAGGUACUGGUGCAGCGAGUCAAUGCCCUGGACCAGGAGUGCGAGGUGCUCAUGCAGCGCCUGGCGGACAGCGAGGAGGACAGCGCAGUGCUGGAGGAGCGGCUGUCUGAGAGCAGCCAGGACAGAGCCGGGCUCCAGGCCGAGCUCGCGCAGCAGCGGGCCCUGACUGAGGAGCUGCAGAAGGAGAAGGAACGUCUAGAGAAGAGUGUUGGGGAUCUGCACGGAGCGGUGUCCAGACUGCAGGGGCAGCUCCAGGAGCAAGCCCAGAAAGAAAGACUGCUAGUGGCCUUCCCAGAUCUCUGCAAUCCUACCCCGUGUGCUCCUGAGACCACAGGGGAUGUGCUGUUGGACAUGGAACAGCAGAUGCAGGCCAACUCCAUAAGAAUCAGUGUGCUAGAGGAGGAGAACUCCCGCCUAAGGAACAGCCUGAACAAGCUGAGGGACAGUGCCCACAGGAGGGAGAUGAAGGUGCUCUCUCCUCAGCAGCUCUGGUCACACGCAGACGUCAGUCCCACUCAGAGCAAGCCUGUCCCUGCAGCCCCGAGCCACAGCACAGGUGACAGAGACCCCUACAGUGGUAUGGGACAGGAGCUGGGAGUCGGCAGGAGGGCUGGGGAAAUACCUGGACACCGGGAUCGGCGAUCUCCUGCAGCUCCAUCAUCAUCGUCUCCAUCACCAACGUCAUACAGGCUGGCCCCUGCGAUCUCUCUCCCAGAAGAGGCCUCCGCCAUUAGCCCCUGCUCCCGGCUGAGGCAGGCUUCCCAUGGCCGUGGCUCCGCGGCCCGGCCAAAAAAGAAGUAACAGGAGCCAGGAGAGCCCGAGGCCCAGCCCCUUGACAUCAGCUCCUUCUUGGACUUGUUUUUUUUAUGUUAUCCGUGCUAGACAAGAUUCAAGAGUUAAAAUAUCUACCAUGAAAACUGUAAUCAUUCAUGAGUAUCCGACACCAGGUGGCGCUAGUUUUGUUUGUGUGAUCGUGUUCUCGGCUGCCUUUGUGUUCCUACCUUGAUCAAUUCCUGCCUGUCCAUCCACAGAGGCUCUGGCUAGUAAAUAAAGCAAAUAAAUCAUAUGUAAAUGGCAAGAUCUGUGUGGAUCACUUAUCUUCACUUUUUAAUUUGCACUUACACAUUUUUUAAAUUGCAGUUCUCCUCUUUUUAGUUUGGACAACAUCUUUUCAAUUUGCAUUUCUUUAGUUUGUGCCACAUAUGAUUUAUUUGCUUGCCUGUUGCUCUUCUGGUCCACCGUAAUAUGUAAUUAUUCGGAAAAACAACAAUAAGGACAUAUACAUACGUGAGCUUAGUACUUUCCUUUAAAGCUACAUUAUGAAAGCAUCAGAUUAAAGAAACCAUCCAUGUGAUUUGGAUAAAGGAUUUGCGCUCUUAUGCAGCAAAGUCAGUAAAAGUCCUUUUUCUGUUCCACAGUGCUUUUUUGCAAAAAAAAUAAAUGCAGAGGUGACAGACUCCCUCCUGCACUGGAGAUGGAUUCACCGAUUUAGAAACACCUAAUAAUAAAAAUUGUAUUUCAUAUUGUGCCUUUCAGGUAAAGACAUCUCAAAGUGCUUUACAAUGGGAAAAAAAACUAGAAGUACAUUGUUGGAAAGAACAUGUUGAGGCUGAAAGAAAAAAACUGAAUUUAUUAAAGGCUAGGAAACACUAGCCUGGAGAAAUGCGCUUUGACUUGGCUUAAUAGGACACAGAGUAAGACGGACUUUGACAUGAUGAUCUUUCAAGAUCAAGUGCUAUAGAUCAGAAAGUCUAUGAGGUAGGAAUGAGCCAUGUUCUUCGGUGCUUUGUACAGUACAAAGUAUCAUUGCAGGUGAAAGAAUAUCCUGUAAUAUUUCUGCUAUAGAUCACAAAUGAUAAACUAUGAUUGAGAAGAACACAAAUAUUUUUCACCCGGUUAGAUGACCCAAUCUUCAUAUCAUCAAAGAUCAUUUUAAAAGCAUCGGUAUAGUUUCUAUGGUGGCCUCAACACCUUCAAAUUCAAAUUUUGUUGAAUUGAUGUUUAAUAUACUGUAGUCUGGUUUGCUGGUUGUGGUAUUUAGACCCAUAUAACACUUUAUAAUUCACAUUAAAUUCUUUUCUGUUUUAA